UGCUCGGUUGGUGAGCGUUCGUUUAUUUGUGUGUGCUGAGAAAAAAACACAAUGAGCAACCAGCUGUUUUUGUUCUCGACUGUGUGCUUGAAAAUCAGUGAAAAUCUAGUAUGGAUCAAAAUUGAAUAGUGUCAUUUCAUCUUAACAGUGACAAUUUGUGAACUGCAUGUGAAUUUAAAUAAUUCCUUGAAAUUUACGUAGAGUAAAUGUAUUAAAUCGAUUGAAGGUUUGUCAAACACCACUCCCGAUAAAUGGACUACGUUUUCAGUUACUUAUUACGCCUUAUUUUGCUCGUGCGAUGUGUGUAAAUUAGGCCAACUGACUACUCUCUGUUGAUCGCUGGAGAACUCCUUAAAUAGAUAUCGGAGUGGUGUGUGAGUGCGCGGGGUAGCAGUGAGUGGUGUCGAGGGUAAUGCAGUUGUGAGUGCUGGCGGUGGAUGUGGCAGCGGAGUAGCGCUGGGCCGGGCAUGGUGCCGGGCAGGUAGCGCGCGCGGGCGGCCGGCGCAGGCCUCACACAAGCAGCCGCGUGUGUCCCCCAGCGACGUCUAUGGCCGAGCAACACAACUCACCGUCGGCGCACUCUGCACUAUCGAGAGAGUCCAACGGGUCUUCUCCUAGCAGGGUGGUGGGCGGUCGGUGGUUGCGCCAGGUGCGUCGAGCGAGCCACAGCUGCCGCAGCAAGCGCCACGCCACGUCGCCGUUGUCGCGCUCCGCGUCGCGCCACUCGGGCCGCCUGCCUGACCGCGAAGCCGAGCCGCACGCGCCCUACGCACCUCACGCUAGACUCGAACUACGUCGCAGCUCGCGCCUCGUCAGCGCUCUGCCCCGCUCCGAUUACUCCAUCACCGAGCGCUGGUCCUACGGCGCUGACGUGUACGAGACUCGCUGCGACACUUCGCAUCACAAAUCGGGAGACACCAACAAAGCCGCGCACACCAAACGCGGAAGGACCUCCUCGCAUGACAAAAAGAAACGCAAGAGCCAUUCCACUUCAAAUAGCCCGGCGGACGAGUGCGUCGCCCACUGCACGCGCUCACGGACUGCUCUUAAAUCUAGUGAGAGUGUUUGUGAGCAAUUUCAGGACAGUUUCAAACGUUCGUUAUCGAAUACAUCUUUAAAUCAAAACGCGACACCGACUUCGACACAGUAUCAGACGGAAGGUGGUCUACUGCCGCUAGACGAAAGGGACUUUGCGUACUCGCCGUUCAGUUCGUCGACGGUCACAGACCUCUUAGAUUCAGAUUACUCUACAUACAGUCCUAGAGCUAGCCGAAAAAAAGGGAAAAAGAGGAAACGAUCGGCGCAUCGUUCCUUGUCAAACAGGAAGAGUAGCUUCCUGAUUAACUUGGAGGAGUGCAGGAAGAAACUUAAAAUAGAACCUCAAAGUAAAGAAGCAUCAGAAACCGGCAGAGAAGCCACAGAUUGUAGGGGUUCCGGACACGAUAUCGACAAGGCGGACCCGAGCAACGCGCAGUCGUGCUCGUACCUGCUGCGGAACAGAUCGCACCGCGACCUCGGCCCGCCCACCGCCACCGUCACCAGCGACACAGCGAGCGCCGAGGCAGGCAGUCAGCCGCCAGCGGAGCGCCGCGCCGCCCUCGACUGCCGCCGCGCCGCUACUCCGCCGCCCUACAGGGAUAUACUAGAAGCAGGCUCGUCCAAAACAUAUACUACUGGGAGCAAACUUCUGAUCGUUCCCCGCGAUCUACCGUAUUUACGUCAAACUAACGCGCGGAGGAGCAUCGCUGCUGCAACGGGUGCGACCCUGGGUGCUUGCUUGACGCGAGGAGCCAGUAGUUCUCAACGACAGAGGCAGGAUAAUACUGCUUCCAAAAGACAGGUAUCGGGAGGCGAGGGCGCCGGCAGCAGCGCGGCGAGCGGGCGACGGGCGCGCGCUCGCGACAUGCCGCAGCCGCAGCCAGCGUCCACGCGCAGAGACAAGCGAGGCAAAAGCAGUCUGGGUUCGUGUGCUAGUACAGGCGGCGCGUCCAGCCGAUCCCACCCCCAGCCUUUAACCACGGGUGCCGUGGCAUCCACAUCGUCGACACCGCCAGCCACAGCGUCAGCCACUUCGAUGCCGGACAACGCGGCCGCCGAGGCCAAGCCCAAGAGCAAAGCGUCGUCGUCGGCCGAAGAAUGCGCUGGCGGCGGCGGCAGCGCUGGGGGCGCGGGGGCCAGCGGCGGCGCGGCCGAGGAGUCGUCCUCGGAGGAGGGCGAAGUGGGCCGCCUGCAGGCGCUGCUGGAGGCCCGCGGCCUUCCGCCGCACCUACUCGGCGCGCUCGGCCCGCGCAUGCAGCAUCUGCUGCAUAGGACCGUCGCUGCCAACUCCGCUGCAUCGAAAGCGGCACAACUGUUGGCUGGUCUGCAGGCGACGGGUGACGAGGGCCAGCAGCUUCAAGCCGUCAUAGAGAUGUGCCAGCUGCUAGUGAUGGGCAACGAGGACACGCUCGCAGGCUUCCCUGUGCGGCAGGUCGUGCCCGCGCUUGUCAACCUGCUCGCCGCUGAACAUAACUUUGAUAUGAUGAACCACGCGUGCCGCGCUCUAACAUAUAUGUUGGAGGCCCUGCCCCGGAGCAGCGGCGCGGUGGCGCUGGCAGUGCCGGCCUUCCUCGACAAGCUACAGGCUAUUACCUGCAUGGACGUCGCCGAGCAAAGCCUCACGGCGCUCGACAUGCUGUCUCGGAGACACGCCAAGGCUAUACUGCAAGCGCGCGGAGUGUCAGCGUGCCUGACUUACCUGGACUUCUUCUCGAUCAACGCGCAGCGCGCGGCGCUGUCAAUCACCGCCAACUGCUGCCAGAACCUGACGCCCGACGAGUUCCACCUCGUCAGAGACUCAUUGCAAUUACUUGCGAACAGAUUAACCCAACAAGACAAGAAGUCGGUGGAGUGCGUGUGCCUGGCGUUCUCGCGGCUCGUGGACAGCUUCCAGCACGACCCCGCGCGGCUGCAGGAGAUCGCCACGCCCGAGCUGCUCACCAACCUGCAGCAACUUUUGGUGGUGCAACCGCCGCUGAUAUCGGGCGGCACGUUCAUCACAGUGCUGCGUUUACUGUGGGUGAUGUGCUCGGCGUGCCCGCAGCUCGCGCUCGCCCUGCACCAGCGCUCCAUCGCCGACACGCUACUUUGCUUGCUCACUGGAUCCACUGUGCACCAAGAGCAAGUGGAAUUGAUCCCACGCCUGCCACAAGAGCUGUACGAGAUCACGUGCCUGAUCGGCGAGCUGAUGCCGCGGCUGCCGACGGACGGCAUCUUCGCCGUGGACGCGCACCUCGACCGGCCCUGGUCCGCCAACAACGACCGCACUGCGCACUGGCAGUGGCGCGAUGAUAGAGGAGUAUGGCGCUCCUAUUCAUGGGCUGAAAGCCGCGCUCUCGAAGCGGGUGCAGCGGCAGGCGAGGAGGAAGUAUGCCUGACUACCCUGGGCCGCUCGUACACCGUGGACUUAACAGCCAUGCAACAAUUGAAUGACCACACCGGCACUGCGCGCCCCGUACAGCGCGUGGCUCCGGCGCCGCACGCUGCUGAUCAGGCGUCUUCUACCAGCGCCGCUGCCCCCGAUCCACGCAUCGCAAUGGUCCGCAGCAACCCGUCGCUAGUCCGCGCGCUGCUGGCGGUCCUCCACGAGGUGUACUGGAGCUCGGCCGGGCCCGCCGUGCGCUCGCAGGCGCUCAAGGCCAUCCUGCGCUGCGUGUACUACGCCGACGCCACGCUGCUGCGGCAGGUGCUCAAGAUGCAGGUGAUAUCGUCUCACAUCGCCGGAAUGAUGGCGUCGAGCGACCUGCGCAUCGUGGUGGGGUCCCUGCAGCUGGCGGAGAUCCUGAUGCAGCGGCUGCCGGACGAGAUGGGCGCGCAGUUCCGGCGCGAGGGCGUGCUGCACCAGGUGGCGCAGCUAGCUGACCGCGCGCCGCAGCCGCAGCCCCCCGCCAGCGGGCCCGCGGCCGCCGCAGCGCCGCGUCAGGCCAAGCUCAAGUCGCCAAGCAACACAUCGGUCCGGUCAAGCGGCGGGUCGUCCCCGCCGGCGUCUACGUCACAGACGUCGUUGGAACACAACAACUUGUCGCUGGCUUUCUCCGCCUCCGGAUCCUUCGUCGCUAGCUCUUUGUUGAACGCUGAAGGCAGUGUCUCGGAGCCGGCUCAAGCGUCCGCCUCCACACAUGCACAGGCUACAACAGCCACUACGACCGUGCAUCGGUCGGGCAGUCCUCUCCAGCUAGCCGAGAUGCUGAAGCGCAAGCGCGCCGUGAAGCGCUCGGGCGGCGGCGCGCGCCACGGCCGGCGGCGGGACGACGCGCCGCACGCCGCGCCCGCCGCGCAUGCGCACGCCGCGCCCGCGCACGCGCCCGCGCAUGCGCCCGCGCCUGCGCACUCAUCAGGCGUACCGUCAGCGGCUCGGUCAACGACCCGCGUGGGCGGCGCGUCCAAGACGUCUUCCUUCCUCUCAUCACUCAACCCGUCGCGCUGGGGCCGCAGCCCGCAUGCGCACAAGGACUCCGGCCUGCUGGCUUCCCCACACACCUCCACCAAUCUCUCUGUUCAGAACAAGGAGAAGGUCCGCGAGUGGAUCCAGUGGAGCGCGGCGCGGCUGCAGCGCGAGUGGGGCGCGCUGGGCGGCGGCGCGGGCGCGCUGGAGCAGCUGGCCGCGCUGGCCGCCGCGCUGCCGCACCCGCCGCACCACCGCGCCGCGCUGCGCCAGCUGCGCGACACGCUGCUGCAGCACGACCUCUCGCCCUUCGAGGUGAACCACAGCGGCGUGCUAGGCGCGUUGCUACAGUUUUUGACGGGCGGCGAGGCGGAGACGGAGCCCGAGGGCUCCCGCGAGCGCGACGGCGAGGGCGAGGGCCGGGACUCCGCCGAGCAGGUGGCCGCCUGCGAGGAUCGGCUCCGGCUCUUCCUGCAUGUCUUUGCUGACAUGCCGCUCACGCCUGACCUAACAGAGUGGAACGACAAAGGCGGGCUGAUGUCGCUGGAGCGCGGCAGCGGCAGCGGCGGCGCGCUGUCGGCGCUGGUGUGCAAGGUGAACGCGUGCGUGUCCCACCUGGAGCAGUUCCCGGUGCGCGUCCACGACCUGCCCGCGCGCCCCGCCACCUCCGCGCUCAAGUUCUUCAACACCCAUCAGCUCAUGUGUGAUCUCAAACGUCAUCCGUCGUGCUCCAACCUGAAGCAGUGGAAGGGCGGCGUCGUGCGGAUAGACCCCCUAGCUUUAGUCCAAGCCAUUGAGAGGUACCUAGCGCAGCGCGGCUACGCCACAGUGCGGUCUCGCGACGGAUCAGCGGCGGCCGCGCACUCGGACGACGACGCCGCCUCCGACGACGACGUGGACGACUCGCUCGCCACGCCGCCGCACCACCAGCCCACCGAUUCGGACCACAAGUUGGAGUUCCUGAUCGGCGACACGUUGCUGCCGUACAACAUGACGGUGUACCAGGCGGUGCGGCAGUACGGCGAGCUGAACGACGCCGACACUGACACCGAGACCCCGCUAGCGAACGCGGGCAUCUGGGUGCAGACCCACACGAUCUACUACCGCGCCGUGGAGGCCGUGGAGCCGCCGCGCGCCGACGCCACCUCCACCAGGAAGGGCAAGGGACAGCCCACCAAGUUGUCUUCCCGGCGGAAACCUGAUCUCUUGUGGAACGAGGGCAUAGUGCCGAGCCGGGAGUCCCCGCUGGUGGGGAUCCUGCGGUCAGCGCUGGUGUCGGGCGGCGAGGUGCGCGACGCGUCGCUGCCGGCGCUGGGCGUGCUGCGCGCGCUGCACGCGCUGUCGCGGCACUGGCCCUCGCUGUACCGCGCCGCCUGCCUGCCCGACCACCGCCCGCUCGUGCCGCACGCCGACUUCGUCAACGCCAAGCUCGCGGCUAAAGCAAACCGACAGUUACAAGAUCCUCUUGUUAUUAUGACUGGAAAUCUCCCACCUUGGCUCAAGAAGAUUGCUUAUGCCUGCCCAUUCAUCUUCCCGUUCGAGUGCCGCCACCUGCUGUUCUACGUGGUGUCGUUCGACCGCGACCGCGCGCUGCAGCGGCUGCUGGAGGCGGGCGGCGAGCGCGGCGGCGCGGCGGCCGCGGGCGCCGACGCCGAGCGCGUGGCGCCGCGCCUCGACCGGCGCAAGCGCACCGUGCAGCGCCACAACGUGCUGCGCCAGGCCGAACAUGUCAUGCACGAGUUCGCGCACUCCAAGGCCCUACUAGAGAUCCAGUACGAGAACGAGGUGGGCACGGGGCUGGGCCCCACGCUGGAGUUCUACGCGCUCGUGUCGCAGGAGCUGCAGCGCGCCGACCUCGACCUCUGGCACGGCAGCGAGAACUUCAAGCAGAAGCCGACGUCCUUCGCCGGGGAGAUCGUCAAGAGCCAGCCGCCAGUGGUGACCGACCGCUCAUCAGACGCGGCCGCACGUCUCGCCUCCUCCGUGCGUGACGCGCUCAACCUCGACGAGGAAAGGUCACCAGAGCCUUCCGAUUUAGAGAAGGAAACGUCAAUCCCGUCCCCGGCGCCGGACGCGACGUACGUGACCUGGCCUUGCGGACUGUUCCCGCAGGCGAUCGGCCGCAACGCGCGCGCCUCGCACCUCUCAAGGGUCAAAGCGAAGUUCCGCUUCCUUGGGAAAUUCAUGGCCAAAGCUGUUAUGGACUCGAGGAUGGUUGACAUCCCCCUGUCAGUGACGAUGUACCGGUGGGCGGUGAGCGAGGACCGCUGGCUGUCGCUGUCGGACGUGCGGCACGUGGCGCCCGAGCUGUGGCGCUCGCUGUGCCGGCUGCGCCGCGUGGCCGACCGCGCCGCCACCAUCGCCGCCGACACCCGUCACACGCCCGACCAGAAGCAACACAUGAUAAGCGCCCUGGAGCUGGACGGUUGCCCCAUCGAAGAGCUCGGGCUGGACUUCAUUCUCCCGGGCGACGGCUGCACGGAGCUGCGGCGCGGCGGCCGCGACACGCCCGUCACGCCGCACAACCUGCACAACUACAUCGCACUCGUCACGCACUGGCUGCUCUAUGAAGGUGUUGCCAAACAGAUGGAAGCCUUCAGAGAAGGAUUUGAAUCGGUAUUUCCAUUGGCCAACCUCAAGAUAUUCUAUCCUGAAGAGCUGGAGCAAGUGUUCUGCGGCAGUCCUUCAGGCGGGCGGGAGCAGCGCUGGGAGGCUCGCAUGCUGUCGGAGUGCAUCCGGCCGGACCACGGGUACACGGCGGAGUCGCGCGCCAUCCGCAUGCUCGUCGACAUCCUCGCCUCCUACACGCGCGACGAGCAGCGCCUCUUUUUGCAGUUCGUUACCGGCAGCCCACGCCUGCCCACUGGAGGAUUCAAAGCUCUGAACCCGCCGCUGACGGUGGUGCGCAAGUCGCUGGAGUCGUCGCUGGACCCCGACGAGUACCUGCCGUCGGUGAUGACGUGCGUCAACUACCUUAAGCUGCCGGACUACUCGAGCGCGGAGGUGAUGCGCGCCAAGCUGCGGCUGGCCGCCUCCGAGGGGCAGCACUCGUUCCACCUGUCGUGAGCUGGCGUCGGCCCGCUCGCUUGUGUGGUGUGACCCUCGGUUAGUGAUAUAUCUAUAGUCGACGUCGUGCCGGCGCGCCCGCUCCGGACCCUGCUGUUUAUGUGCAAUCAGAGUGAUUUAUUUCAACAAUGUGACAGACACUCAAAAGUGCUGUGCGUUUUAACAUUUUGUUUUCUCUUUGGAUUAUUUUUAGAUUACAGAAAUAUGUUUAUAAUUAUAUUUUGUGUUAAUUUAAUGUGAUAGCUUUGUAUAUUUGUUUAUCGAAAGAGAGUGCUAGCUCUCGGUCUAGUAUAACGGCGACAGUGUCGGAGCCCCGCGCGCCCCGGCCGGGCCGCCGCCUGCGCUGCCACCAUUGUUAUAUAUAAAAAUUACAUUACUACCUAAAAAUAAGCUAUAUUUGAAGGACCAUACAAAAUCUCCUUCGAGAGUCCUAUGAUUUAAAUAGCAUUUAUUACCAAACGGUGUACGUUUUCGAUUAACAUUUAAGUAUCAUUGAUGGAGUAAAGAAAAGUGCAAAAUUGAAUAUGUAACGAUUUCAAUAAAACAUGUAAACAUAAAUAUGAUCAAA